UAUAUACUCAAUAAAUAUUUUUAAAUGAAGACAAAGUUAUAGUUAUUUGUGCAGAUGAUGUCACAGCAUCAAGACAAUUCAUUAGUAACAUGUCAAUUGAAUUAGUAUGUUAUGUCAGUGGGGGAUUGCAUUAACAUUCAUCUCCCAGACUGAGCUCUUAGGAGAGAUGUAUGGGGCUCACCCGCUGCACUCCCUUCUGUGAUGGCCAGACUGUGGGAUGCCUGGCAUUCAGGAGACACUUCUUGCACUUCAUGCAGCAGUGACAAAUAGAUGUUUUAUUUUGGUAGAGGAUAAGGCCCAAGAUGCUUACCUGAAGAAAAAGCAAACAAACCAGGAGAUGGAGCUCAGGAAAGCAAGUGUUUGUUUCUCUCUUUUCUCCAGCAAGCUGAAGGACUGUUCUUUAAACAAAGGAGGAUUGGGGAAAGUGUGCAGUGUUAUAGGGCUAUUAAUAUCUAAAGCAAGUUGGACUCUACGUAUCAGUGCCACUGAAGGAUUCUCCCACAACCCACUCAAGCCUUUCGCCAAGGCUCUCAGUUGAAGUUUGUGGGAAAGAUUGCGAAAAGAAAUGCAAACUCAACCUGGACCUGGUACUUUCAGGCGCUGACAGUUCUCCAGCUGACUUGAUUAAAGUGCAAACAGUCUAUGGCUUGGAUGACUUACGUCUCACAUUGGUUUGAGCAAGAUGAUUGGUAUGAAGGACUACAAAGAGCAACCAUGUCCCAGGUCAGACAAGUGGGACUGCUGGCUGCUGGGUGUCAGCCAUGGAACAAAGAUGUGUGUGCUGCCAACGGAGACCGGUUUGCAUACUGCGCAACUCUGGCCAUCUAUAUAUACCAGUUGGAUCACCGUUAUAAUGAAUUCAAACUUCAUGCAAUUAUGUCAGAACAUAAAAAGACAAUCACGGCAAUCUCUUGGUGUCCACAUAACCCUGACCUGUUUGCAAGUGGCAGUACUGACAACUUAGUGAUCAUCUGGAAUGUUGCAGAGCAAAAAGUCAUUGCUAAACUCGACAACAUCAAAGGGACACCUGCUUGUCUCGGCUGGUGCUGGAACACAGAUGAUGCUGUGGCCUUUGUUUCCCAGAAAGGUCCUCUGCUCAUUUGGACCAUCUCGGGACCAAACAGUGGAGUGUCCGUACACAAAGAAGCUCAUAGUUUUGUGUCCGAUAUCUGUAUAUUUAGAUGGCACACCCAAAAGAAGGGAAAAGUUGCAUUUGGUCAUAUUGAUGGAAGCAUAUCAAUUUUUCAGCCUGGUAGUAAACAUCAGAAGCACGUUCUGAGACCUGAGUCUCUUGAAGGAACAGAUGAAGAGGAUCCAGUGACAGCCCUGGAGUGGGACCCCCUAUCCACUGACUAUCUUCUGGUGGCUAAUUUGCAUUAUGGGAUUCGCCUGCUGGAUUCCGAAUCACUGUAUUGCAUCACAACGUUUACUUUUCCCAGUGCAGCAGUGUCUGUGCAGUGCUUAGCCUGGGUUCCCAGUGCUCCAGGCAUGUUCAUAACUGGAGAUUCUCAAGUGGGUGUUUUACGUAUUUGGAAUGUUUCAAGAACAACACCUAUCGAUAAUUUUAAAUUAAAGAAAACGGGAUUUCACUGCUUACAUGUCGUUAAUUCUCCUCCAAAGAAAAAAUUUUCAGCUCAGUCUCCAAAUAAAAAUCAUUAUACCUCCUCAACAAGUGAAGCAGUUCCACCCCCAAAUUUGACACAAAAUCAAGCAUUUUCUCUUCCUCCUGGUCAUGUUGUGUGCUGUUUCUUGGAUGGUGGAGUUGGGCUUUAUGACAUGGGAGCCAAGAAGUGGGAUUUUCUUAGGGAUCUAGGCCAUGUGGAAACUAUAUUUGACUGCAAAUUCAAACCUGAUGAUCCAAAUCUCUUAGCAACAGCUUCAUUUGAUGGCACUAUAAAAGUCUGGGAUGUAAACACCUUAACAGCAGUGUAUACUUCUCGUAACGAGGGGGUCAUUUUUGCUCUUUCAUGGGCUCCAGGUAAGACUUCCUUUGAUUCAGAUUGCAUUGCUGUGCGACUUCCAAAAUGGUGCUUUAUUUGGGAUGUUCAAAAGGGCAAAAUGAUACAGCGAUUCAAUGAGCAUGGGAAGAAUGUAAUAUUCUACAUUGCCUGGAGUCACAAAGAUUCUAAACGAAUAGCAACCUGCAGUGGGGAUGGUUUCUGUAUCAUUCGAACCAUUGAUGGGAAAGUUCUGCACAAGUACAAACACCCGGCUGCCGUGUUCGGCUGUGAUUGGAGUCAAAACAACAAAGACAUGAUAGCCACUGGCUGUGAAGACAAAAAUGUCCGGGUCUUUUAUGUGGCCACUAGCUCUAACCAGCCACUGAAAGUCUUUAGUGGGCACACAGCAAGAGUGUUCCAUGUGAAGUGGUCUCCUCUGAGGGAAGGCAUCCUCUGCAGUGGUUCUGAUGAUGGUUCUGUUCGAAUCUGGGAUUAUACUCAAGAUGCUUGCAUAAACAUUCUCAAUGGACACACCGCACCUGUGAGGGGAUUAAUGUGGAAUACUGAGAUUCCAUACCUACUAAUAUCUGGAAGCUGGGACUAUACUAUCAGAGUAUGGGAUACUCGGGAAGGAGUUUGCCUAGACACUGUAUAUGAUCAUGGUGCAGAUGUAUAUGGUUUAACGUGCCAUCCAAGCCGUCCGUUCACUAUGGCUUCCUGCUCCCGCGAUUCUACAGUGAGACUCUGGUCAUUAAUACCUUUAAUCACCCCUUUACAAAUAAAUAUUCUGGCAGACAGAUCUUGGGAAGAAAUUAUCGGGAACACUGACAAUGCUGUAAAACAAGGCACUCCUCCUCUACUGUGUGGGAAAGUGUCACGAGACAUUAGACAAGAGGUAGAAAAACUAUCGUGUAACCCUCGAGUGAAAAAGCUAAGAUUGUUUUCACAAUGUUUAUCACCUCCAGGUGGCAGUGACAAUUUGUGGAACUUGGUUGCUGUGAUUCAAGGACAAGAUGAUAGCUUGCUUCCUCAGAACUACUGCAAAGGAAUGAUGCAUUCGAAACACCUGAUUAAAUUUAAAACGUCUGAAGCCCAAGAAUUAACAACAAUCAAGAUGUCUAUUGGUGGUGGUGUUGGUGCACCUACUAAGGAGAAAAAACUGAAGGAAGCUGCAGAAAUACACCUGAGAUUGGGACAAAUUCAGAGAUACUGUGAACUCAUGGUAGAGCUUGGAGAGUGGGACAAAGCCCUGUCCAUUGCACCUGGAGUUUCUGUGAAAUACUGGAGGAAGUUAAUGCAGAGGAGAGCUGACCAGUUAAUUCAGGAAGAUAAGGAUGAUGUCAUCCCAUACUGUAUAGCCAUUGGUGAUGUGAAAAAACUGGUCAAUUUUUUUGUGUCCAGAGGUCAGCUUAAAGAAGCUCUGCUUGUUGCACAGGCUGCCUGUGAAGGAAAUAUGCAAACCUUACAUGUUUCUACACCUAAGGGAGCUUCAAGUUCUGAUGAUAUCUACAAAGAAGAUUUUAAUGAGCUUCUACACAAAGUCAUACAUGAACUGGCAGAAUGGUAUUUUCAGGAUGGCCGAGCAGUAUUGGCUGCAUGCUGUCAUCUUGCUGUAGAUGAUAUUGAGCUUGCCAUGGCAUACCUGAUCCGUGGGAAUGAACUAGAGCUGGCAGUCUCAGUGGGCACUGUCCUGGGAGCAUCUGCGUCCCCAGCAACCCAUUAUGCCCUGCAGUUACUGGCAAGAAAAUGCAUGAUGAUUCCAAUGUGCUUCCCAUCAGUUGCAUACAGGAACUUGGCAGCUGAUCUUCUCCUGAUGACUCCUGAUAACGUUCAGCUAGUAAAACUCUGUGCCUUCUACCCAGGAUGCACUGAAGAAAUAAAUGAUCUUCACAAGAAGUGCAAUCUACCCCCAGUGGAAGAAUGCAUGCAGUUGGCUGAAAAGGCCCAGGCAGAUGGCAAUGUAUUUGAAACCAUAAAGUAUUAUUUACUAAGCCAGGAACCUGAAAAAGCUCUCCCUAUUGGUAUUGACUUUGUCAAAGGAUGUAUCAAUAACUCAAACUGGACUCUGGAUACUGUUUACCCUGUGCUUGACCUAUUGAGUUUUAUUCGUACUGAAAAACUACUUUUGCAUACAUGCACUGAGGCUCGAAAUGAAUUACUCGUAUUAUGUGGUUACAUUGGUGCCUUACUGGCUAUCAGGAGACAGUAUCAAAGCAUCGUUCCAGCUCUUUAUGAGUACACAAGUCAGCUAUUAAGACACCGAGUGGUGUCGGUGCCUUUAAAAAUUGAACAUCUCUCUGAGGAAUUGGAUGCAUGGAGAGCUUGCACACAGUCUGCCAAACAAUCAUCAGAAGAGUCUCCAUGUACACCCCCUUCUGAUUCACAACAAACCAUUUAUGAAACUUUAUUAAAGAGACUGAAAGAAGAGCCACUCAAAGGAAUUAUUGGACCAGAUUAUGUGACUGGAUCAAAUCUUCCAAGCCAUUCAGACAUUCACAUCUCUUGUCUUACUGGACUAAAAAUUCAGGGCCCUGUGUAUUUCCUGGAAGAUGGGAAAUCGACUAUUUCUUUGAACGAUGCUCUGAUGUGGGCAAAGGUGAAUCCAUUCUCACCUUUAGGAACUGGAAUACGACUCAAUCCAUUUUGACUGAAGAUUUUUUUUUCUCCAUAUUAGUAGUUUUUGUAAGAAGGAAAUUUGGAAUAUUUAUAACCUUCAUUUUGGUUGUUCAAGAAUAAUAGGUUGGGAGGUGGGUUGGUGGUUGGAAAACAUGAAGAAAUAUUAAAUUUUAUUAAUUUCAAAAAUAAAAUAUUUCUAUAAUUCCAAAGGAAA